CCAGGCAAAUGCCAUUUGCUAUCUACAGCAACAACACAAAUUGCAAAAAAAUAACGGAGAAGGACAAAUUCACUGUGCAGACAGACUCCAGGUUAAGCUGUCAGAGUAAUAAACAAGGAAUUGCCAUCCAUUGCUACAAAACGAAACUGCUUCUGAGUUGGUUUCAAACACGUCUCCCCACACACAAGAUAAACCUUCACUGGUUUGAAUUCAGAUCAGGAAGGAUUUUACCAAAGGGGUGGCAUGGUGUUCUGCCGCUUGAAGUGGUUUAUAGGCUUUGGCAGUAGGGAUGUCCUCACAAAAGCUUCAAGGAGCAGUAACAGAAGCACCUCUUUGAUAUGGAGAUGCUGCUAUCACAGGACUCCAGGAAGCUUCCUGGAUCCUGAGAUGAGAGCGUUUCUGGAGGAGAACACUGAAGUCAGUAGCAGCGGGCACCUCACACCAGAGAUACGACUGCGACUUCUGACACCUCGCUGCAGAUUCUGGCAGGAAAGAGCUGACUUGUGGCCCUAUGGCGACCCCUUCUGGGCAAUCUACUGGCCAGGAGGCCAAGCCCUGUCCAGGUAUAUCUUAGAUAACCCGGAGGCUGUCAGAAUGGGAUCAGUACUAGAUCUCGGAAGUGGAUGUGGAGCAACAGCAAUCGCUGCUGUGAUGAGCGGUGCAUCCCAGGUCCAUGCUAAUGACAUCGACCCCAUUGCAGGAAUGGCCAUGGUAUUAAAUUGCGAGCUGAACAAUGUGAACCCCUUCCCUAUUCUAACUAAGAACAUCAUUGAUACAGAGCUGGACAAGUGGGACCUCAUUGUUUUGGGGGAUAUGUUUUAUGAUGAACAACUUGCAAACAGUCUUCAUCACUGGUUGAGGAAAUGCAUCAGGACUCAUGGAACUAAAGUGCUAAUUGGUGACCCUGGGAGGCCUCAGUUCUUAGGCCACCGCAUUCACAGUCAAUUGCACAAAGUGGUAGAAUAUUCACUUCCUGAAUCCACUAGGCAAGAAAACAAUGGAUUAACCUCAAGCAUUGUCUGGAGUUACCAGCCCUGACCUCUCCAUUUCUCCAAAAGCUGCUAACGCUGGAUUUAGAAGAAGUGUGGUCUUCAAAAAAAGACAUGUGUGUUCUCUGUUUAUAAAGUAUGAAAAUGGAACAUUGGAAAAUGGGGCAGAUCCUCCGCUGGUGCAAACUGCUGUAAUGCCACUGAAGUGCACACAGUUACAAUUCACACCAGCUGAGAAUCUGGUCCAUAGUUUGGGAGAAGUCUUGCAUGUAAAUUCCACCCUCAGAUGUGCAGAUACUCCCUGCCCUGCCCCAUUGAUGCCAAUGGAAGUUAAGUGUGUGUGUUCAAAGGCUGAACCAAAUAAAAUAUCAAGAUAAACAGGGAGAGGAUAAUAGAAACUCAGUGUAGCGGCGUGCAGCUUAGUGGGUUACCACAGAAUGUUCCUGCUCACUGCUGCACCAGUUGAUAAGAAUCUAGUUUUCAAUGUCUGGUGAAGAGAAGUGUGUUGAACUAUCUGGCUGCUUCACAAAUUUCCUUUGCUAAUUAUGAGGCUAUUUUGUCCCAAGAAGUGACAGUUUUAUCCAGCAGCACGUGCCUGCAGUUCCUCUGGGGGAUUUAAAUCUCCUUCCUGUGUGUAAUUCAGUUAUGCAUAUCCAGGUGGAUAUAGCAUUCUUCUGAGCUUUCUGACCCCUGCAACUAGGAUGUAUUCACCAGAAUAAAAAUAGCUUAGUCCUGUUGAUGUACAUGUACAAACAGUGUGGCGCUAGCCCUUUUAAAACCAGUGUGUCUGUGCUGCAUCAAUUGGCCCAUAUUAGGCUUUAAAAGCAGCCACUUGGGCCUGAGACAGAGCGACACUAGGUAAGUCAGAGCUAAAAAAGCUGCAAGAAGCAGCAGGACUGCCAGAGUCCCCUGGGAGGAGAGACAGUGAAAGCCUGAGUAGUAAAGGGGAAAAGUCCCCUAGGGAUUGUAGCCCAGGUGAAUUGAGCUUGCUUGAUUUUUGUUUAAGUUUGGUCAAUAAAACUGUCUCAAAAGAGACUGUGGGUAUGGCAGUGGAUCCUAAACAAGCUGGGGAGAAGACUGGCCUAGUCACACAUCUGUCUUCUGGAGGGCGCUUGGGGUGAAAAUAGAAAAAUGAGAGCACCAUGUCUUGGGAGCGUUGGUGUAUUGUAUUCCUCUUUUAAAUGAAUUUUCCCAUUGACCUAUGGUAAAGUGGCUUUAGACAGGACAUCACUACUACUUCUUCCGUGCAUUAAUCCCAUCAAAUGGGGUCUACUUUAUGAGUCCUCUACCUCUGAAGUGUUCUGUUCAGUGCCAUAUUGUGUAUCAUACUGCAUGGUAUCCAGACUUCCUUUAUGACAGCCACCACUUCUUCUUGGGUAGGCCUCUGUCUUUUUCUUUCAGUCUUGAUCUCACCUAUGUAGUUGUCACUGCUGCACUUUGCAUGACCAAACCUACUGAGCCUGCAGCCCCCUCAUUUUUUCAUUUAUGGAUAUUACUUUGAGCAUGUCUCUCACAUAUAUAUUCCUCACAUGGUCUUUCUUGCUUUCCCCACUCAUCCUUCUCAACAUUCACAUUUCUUCUUUGUUGCUCAACACUCAUUGCCAGGACAAGCCACCAUUGUAUAAACUGUGCCUUUUAAUCUGACUGUAUCUUGGCAUCACACUUCUUUCCUAGGAACUUUUUUCCCAGCCUGCCUUUCUAGAUUGGGCCUUUGAAGUCUGCAGCUGCAUGGGUUUGCCAAAUUUAAAGCGAUAAUUCUGCAACUGGUAAGAACUUAUGUUUUCCCUCUUUUACUGGUGAGGAGCUGGCAAAUUCUUAUGUCAGAAGAAUCGCUUUGUCAGCAUACAAGUGCUGCCUUGCAAAGAUCCUGCAGAGGCAGGAACUUCUGGCCAGAGAUAAAGGGGCAGGUUCCAGGACCAUGUCUGCCCCCCGUUGCCUGAUUUUUAGAGGUUAGUAUAUUGUUAUAAGCUCUCCAAUUGAUCUGAUCAGAAGAUAAUAAGGGUCUUGUUCUAGAAUCAGGUACACUGCGUUCUGUAUCUUGUAAGGACCCUUGGGGUUUAUGGCAAGAACACUCGCGCUGAGGACAAAGCAGCCUUAGAGACUUUUAUUAAAAUAAGUGAAAAGGUUAUCAAAGUUCCAAACCACAGAACCAAAAGGGAAUAUACAGUUCUGGGAGUACCUAUAGUAUCACCCCUUACAGAAGUUCCUAGAUCAGCAUACUCACACCCUUCCUUGGAGAACUGGUGGUAAGAGACAAAGGACCAGCCUCAGCCCUGGCAUGCCAACAGUCUGAUGGUCCAGGUUCCUCAAUGCUUGAGAUUGAUGGUGAAUAAUAGAACUGUGGUCACUGUUAAGCCUCGACUUUCUUAGGGAAACAUGUCUAGUUUCCCCAAAUCUACAAGGGUGACUGUUAGGCCAUUUAUAUAUGCCAAAGGUCACAAGCCUCCUUAACCAUACUUAUGUUAAUUUCCUUAAGCUAAAAGGCAACAGAGGGUCCUGUGGCACCUUUGAGACUAACAGAAGUAU